AGUUUUGUAUUGAAUGAAAAUUAUUCGUAGUAUAUAAAGUAAAUUUUAGAUUUGUGUAAUAUUUCCAGUAUUUGAACAAGGAGUUUUUUGAGUAUUAUAUAUGCGGAAGUAAAACCUGGAGACAAGGAUUUUUUUACAAUGAGGUUGAAUGCAUUGUAUGAGCUAGUAGAGCGCAAGAUAGGGGGCGCCUUUGCUAGGUAUGGGAGAUUUGUGGCCGGGCAUGCGUGGAAAAUCAUCAUCGUCACCAUCAUUGUCAAUGGGGCGCUUGGAAUCGGGAUGAUAAGGCUUCGGUCUAACAUAGAAGCAGAAAAUGUCUAUUUACCUCAAGGGACUCAGGCUCGGCAUGACGUGCAAAGAAUGAAAGGUUUGUUCCCCGACCUUAGUGGCUCGAACUUCAACCUGCUCCAGCUGUUAGAAGACGGGGCGUGGGCAAAGGUUAUCAUCAAAUCCAAAUAUGGAAAUAUCCUCAAUAGGACGGUACUGGAAGAGAUAGGAGACAUGGACGCAGCCAUACAGAACAUUACAGCUGUUGCUGAUGAUGGCUCAAUUAUAAGGUAUUCCGACAUAUGUGCUAGGGUUAAAAACCGAUGUGCUGUUGAUGGGGAACUGUUUUGGGAUCCUGAGUUUCUUGCUGCAGUGGACUCGAACCAGGUGACGUACCCCAGGUUUACAACGUCCGCGACAGGGACCACUAACUUCGCGUCCGAUCUUGGAGGAACCAUUGUUACGGAUGAUACGGAAAAUUAUCUGUCUAGCGCCGAGUUUAUCAACCUCGACUAUAUCAUACGGACGGACGGCGGACGAGGUGGAAGAUACCAGACACUUGCAGGAAAAUGGGUUGACGAGUUUAAGGCCUACAUGGAGAGCGUCAAUUCAAAGAAUUUCGAGGUUGCCUAUUCUCACUUUAAUUCCAUGGAUGAAGAACUUGACAAAAAUAUUAAAGGAGACAUAACGCUAUUUUCUAUAACAAUGACAUUAAUGAUCACAUACGCAUGCGUCGCAACAACAUCAUCCAGAAUAACAGACCAGGUUGGGCAGAGAAUGUGGUUGGGUUAUGCUGGUGUAAUCACCGCUGGACUCGCUAUAGUAUCUAGUUUUGGCUUGUGUGCAGCGGUUGGUGUGCAUUUUGUCAGCAUCGUUGGUGUUAUCCCCUUUUUGAUCAUGGGUAUCGGGAUAGAUGAUAUGUUUAUCUUAUUGUCUGGAUUAUCAGGCGCCCAGAAUCACAAAACAGUUGAGGACAAAAUGGCGGCCACAAUGAGAGCUUCCGGUGUAGGAAUCACGAUUACCUCCCUUACAGAUCUUAUUGCAUUUAUGGCUGGCGCCGGGUCCAAUUUUAUUGCUGUUAGAAACUUUUGCAUAUACACUGGUGCUGCCGUUAUUUUCUGCUAUAUCAACAACAUAACUUUCUUUGCCGCAUGUAUGGCAAUAAAUGAAAGACGGGUGCAAGAAAAUCGUCAUUAUGGCACGUGCAGAAGAAUCAAAACCAAAGAAGAAUUGACUGCAGAGGGUAAAUCAGACAGAUACAUCAUGUGCUGCGGGGGAAGACCUCCAACAAAUCGUGACGAGGCGGAAAGCUUCAUUGACAAGCUUCCUCGGUGGCUAAUUCCAAAAAUUGUGUUGAAGACACCGUUUAAGAUAGGAAUUAUUGUGUUGUUUAUGGCCUAUCUUGCUGCGUCGAUAUACGGGUGCAUCAAUUUGAAACAGGGACUUGUUUUUACGCAGUUAGUAGCAGAUGAUUCGUAUUAUUACAAGUAUUCCGACUGGGAUGAGCGGUACUUCACUCGUCAAACGCCAGUCUCUUUUGUGAUAACCAAAACUUACAAAUACUCGGAUCCGAAUACGCAUGCGCUAAUUGAAGAUCUUAUAAUCAGCGCCCAAUCCAAUAACUAUUUCGAUAACACCUUCGAGGUUAAUUGGUUGAAAACUUACAAAGCUACCCCAUACUAUGAGGACAGCAGUGAAAAGGAAUUUAUUUCAGGAUUCUUAAGUUUUAUUAACGAUACAAAGUACGCCAUGUUCGAAAAUGAUGUCAUUAUGGACACGACUAAGUCUGUCAUUGUUACGUCACGUGUGUAUGUCAUUUCCGCUGACAUGGCGGACAGUCAGGCGGAAGGUGAUAUGAUGUUGAAAUCGCGAGAAAUUGCGAACACUGCAGAAAUUGAAUGUUUUGCAUUUUCUCCAUAUUUUGUACCUUACGAACAGUAUGUAGCAAUUUUGGGACAAACCCUAAGAACUGUCGGGACAGCUCUUGCCGCUGUAUUUGUGGUCACGUGCCUAUUUAUGCCACAUCCGGUUCUGAUUAUCUUUGUGACUCUUGCUGUAACAAUGAUUAUGACGGGUGUAUUCGGAUUCUUGAUUUAUCUCGACGUGGCUUUAAGUUCUAUCACAAUGAUUCAUUUGAUAAUGAGCAUAGGUUUCUCCAUUGACUUUACGGCUCAUAUAUGCCACGGUUACAUGAUAUCAGAUGGAAAAACUCGAGAUUUGCGAGUAAAACAAGCCAUUGACAAAACAGGUGCUCCCAUUUUCCAUGGUGCUGUGUCAUCAAUUCUAGGAAUUAUAGUUUUGAUAGGUGCAAAGUCAUAUAUUUUUAGAACAUUCGCAGCUGUCAUGUCGUUUGUUCUGCUUUUCGGUAUUGCGCAUGCGUUGUUACUCCUUCCGGUAAUAUUAUCGUGGAUUGGACCUGGAAGGUUAAACGCAUCAGAAGACAGUGAGAUUAUUGAUGAUAAUACACAUACGCAGAAUGGGACAGACCUUGUGAAAAUGUCAAACGGUAAAUACGCAGUUGACAAAAUGGCUUAAACCUAUGAUAAGACGGAUGCUAAAACAUCCAAUGUAUUUGACAAUAUUCUGGGUAUUCUGAGAAAAUAUGUAGACGGUUUAUUACUUUAAAUGAGCCGUGCCAUGACAAAACCAACAUAGUGGGUUUGCGACCAGCAUGGAUCCAGACCAGCCUGCGCAUACGCGCAGUCUGGUCAGGAUCCAUGCUGUUCGCUUUCAAAGCCUAAUGGAAUUAGAGAAACUGUUAGCGAACAGCGUGGAUCCUGACCAGACUGCGCGGAUGCGCAAGCUGGUCUGGAUCCAUGCUGGUCGCAAACCCACUAUGUUGGUUUUCUCAUGGCGCGGCUCAAAUGUCUUGUCAUUUGCCAAUUGUCUUUAUUCUAAAUGUUCAUAUUUUUGUUUUGUUAUUGUUUUAAAUAUAUUUGUGAAGCUUA